AGUCGUUUGGAAUUUGUGAGCUCAAGCAAACCAUGCUCAAGAACUGGACAAUAAAUACGUUCCUUUUGGUUUCGUUUCUUUGUAGUGCGACUGGGCAAAAUGAAGGAGGAGCACCUGGAAUAUUCAACGGAAUGUCAUUCACGGAAAAUCUUCAACCAGACCCAAAUCAAGUUUGCGGCAUGAGCAAUCCAAAUGGCUUGGUGGCCAAUGUGAAGGUGCCCAAAGAUUACUCCACACCUGGCCAAUUUCCAUGGGUGGUUGCCCUUUUCAGUCAGGGAAAAUACUUUGGGGCCGGUUCUUUGAUUGCCCCAGAAGUAGUCCUUACAGCGGCUAGCAUUGUGGUGGGCAAGACUGAUGCGGAAAUUGUGGUGAGAGCAGGCGAAUGGAAUACGGGACAACGCAGUGAAUUCCUACCGUCGGAGGAUCGUCCGGUGGCCAGAGUUGUGCAACACAGGGAGUUUUCGUAUUUAUUGGGAGCCAAUAACAUUGCCCUUCUGUUCCUAGCCAACCCAUUUGAGUUGAAAAGCCACAUCCGAACCAUCUGCUUGCCCAGCCAGGGAAGGUCCUUCGAUCAGAAGCGCUGCUUGGUGACCGGAUGGGGAAAGGUGGCAUUCAACGAUGAAAAUUACUCAAAUAUCCAAAAGAAAAUCGAACUGCCGAUGAUUAACAGGGCGCAGUGCCAGGAUCAGUUGAGAAACACCAGAUUGGGCGUCUCGUUUGAUCUGCCUGCUAGUCUGAUAUGCGCCGGCGGCGAGAAGGAUGCGGGAGACUGCCUCGGCGACGGAGGAUCCGCUCUAUUCUGCCCCAUGGAGGCGGACCCAUCGCGCUAUGAGCAGGCUGGCAUCGUUAACUGGGGCAUCGGCUGUCAAGAGGAAAACGUUCCAGCAGUCUACACAAAUGUUGAAAUGUUUCGGGAUUGGAUCUAUGAGCACAUGGCCCAGAACUCCAACAGUGUUCCAUUCGCUGCUGGUCAGUUACCAUCGAACUAUAAACAGGAAUAAGCUUUUACAUUACAUUAAGCAUUAAUAAUACAUUAAAAUAAUAAUACUCCUCGAAAGAGGCCAUCUUCUGU